GAAGCAUGGGAGAUAACAAUGAAGGAGUCGGCAAUAAUUCUGCAUUCACAUCCGGAUCAGGUACCCCGUUUAAAGCGGAGAAACCCAAAACAUCAAAUCAAACUACGCAAAAAAAAGGCAUUAAGAAGCUAACGUUCUGGCGCGACAGCGAAAAUGCGGAAAAUUACAAAGUUGUGUUUCACGUGCAUUUACCAGAAGGUAUAGCAGACCGAGAUGGAUUAGGAUUUCCCGUUGUUGUUGGUAAUAUAGAUGAAUUGGGAAAGUGGAAAGAUCCUAUUGUUAAACUUAAAUUGAAAAAACGCAAAGAAAAUUUUAUGCAUUCUCUUCGAACCUACUGGGUUUCUGAUCAAAUUUCAAUACCAAUCACUAGUUUCAACGAAGAAAUUAGGUAUCGUUAUGGUUUCUUCAUACCCAGGAAGGAGGAGAAAAAAGAUAAGUCCAAGAAAGAUGACAAAGAGAAGGAUAAAGCCAAGGAUAAUAAGAACGAUGAUAAAAGGAAAGGCAAUGAUAAGGAGUCUAAGAAAGGUGAAAAGAGUGGCGAGGGUGGAGGCAUUCUAGAAUCGGAACGCGAUGGCCUUUUGGAAAGAUAUCCAGAUUAUACGAAAUGCCACAUGACACUCAAAUUCAUCGACGAAAAAUUACGGGAAACGAAACCUAAAGAUAGAUUAUUUUUAUAUGUCCUCUUGGGUUAUUAUAUCAAAUCUCGUACGCUCGAUUCGUCACUUCCUCAUCACUAUCAAAUACAUCCAGCUUUUCCGUCCAGCCUACUUCUGGAAUGUCUCGAGAAAUUUAAUCCCGAUCGCUUGCCUGAAGAUGCACACGGUCCUUUUUUAAUAGCAACCAACUCCCUCGUUUAUCAUAAUGCUUAUUAUUCACUUUCUUUUGAUUGGCUAAAAGUUUUUAGCCUAGCUAGUUCAAUAGACCCGCAAUAUCGAUUCAUAGAUCUUUUGGUCGAUAGAGAAUUUAACUCAGAAACAAAGAGAAAACUAUUGGAAAAACUUCCAAAGCAUGUUAUGCCUUAUAUCAAUGAUAUCGAGGAGAAUACCUAUGCUAAAAUUGCUCAGUGGCUGAUUCAAAUGUACGAUAAUGUGGAUCUCUCGUAUAUAUGGAAGGACGUAAUUCGACAUACCGAGAGGAUCGACGAAUUAAUCCGUCAACCUUUUCUCGACAGAAUUCAGGCCAAUAUCUCCGAUAUCGAAGUGGGCGAUUUGAUAAAAUUUUUUGAAACCAUUCCUAAAGAUUUUCAGAAUGGAGUCGAGGAAGCGUUUCGUACCACGAUUCUUAAUCGGUUAGAGCGUGUAUACAUUAGUUGGACAUGGAAAAGUGCAAGUGACAUCUUCUCUGUGUUCCAAAAGCCGGAAUUCAAGUGGACCGCUGAAGAUUUGAUAUCGGCACUGGAUCGUAUUUCUCAAUCCACUGAUUUAAAUCUGCUAGAUAUUUUCCCCGACUUACUUAAACACUUGUUUAAUUUUGAGAAUUCGUCUAAAAAGAUGCUCCAAAUACUUACUGAAUAUUGGCAUGGUUCUAAAGAU